AUGACAACCGUAGGCUAUGGCGAUAUUCACCCGAGAAAUGAUGGAGAAAGAGUCUACGCCAUCGUCGCCAUGAUCUUCGGGGCCACGAUGUUCGGCUACAUAAUCGGCUCUAUCGCCGCCCUGGCCGGACAGGAACGUGGCAUGGAGGCGCUCACAAAGAAGCGACUCUCUCUGGUCCGGCAUUUCUGUGAAGAACAGCGUGUCAGCCAGAACAAGGUCAAGGAGGUGAUGCGGCACUACCAGUUCUUCUACCAAGAGCGUUCGCCUUUCAACGAGACUCAGUUGAUGCUGGAGCUGCCGAACUGGCUGAGGAAGAAGGUGUCAGCGUACAUACACCGCGAGGCUAUUUCUCGAAUCGGCCUGUUUGCAGGUCCACAGCAAACAGGGCUUGAAAGUGGUCCCUUGCCAGACUGGUUCAUUUCUUGGACAAUGCGGAUUCUCGAGCCCCAGGCUGUUUGUGCUGGCGAGCUUGUCAUCAAUGCAGAGGAGAGCUCUGUGGUGCAGGAGCUUUUCUUUGUCUUCGACGGGGAGUGCGAGGCCUUCUAUCAUCGCAAUGUGUGGAGGCAAAGGCCAAAUGGCGGUCAUUCGGAUACCGGAGGUAGCGCGGACAACCCAGAUCUGUCAGAGGUUCAAACGCAGGCUGCCAACAUGGCAGGUGUCAAGGUCAAGACGCUUCUGGUCUUCUCGCCUGGUUGCAUGUUCGGCCUGGAGCACGUCGCAUCGCAGAACCAAAGGCAUUCCGUCCGCUGCAGCAAAGCGGGACCAUGCUUGCUUUACGUCCUUCGGCAAUCAACGAUGGCGGAGGUGCAGGUCUCCAGCCCAGAGAUGGUCCGCGCGCUUCAGAAGGCCUCUACCCCAGCCGACCGGCCAGCUACCAUGAAUUUGCCAUGA